AUGCGGUGGUGGUCGGGGUUAUUGGUUGGGCUUAUCUCCGCCUCAGGGGUGAUUGCGACCCCAACGGAUGCUCUGUACGAUCUCGUCAAACGAAGGCUGCCAAAUCAUGUCGGCGACUUUCGCUUCAGCUUGGUGCACAAUUCCACCGUAUCCGACGGAUAUGACCAUUUCAAGGUCCAAACCACGUCGAACGGGACUGUGCUAGUUCAAGGGACUACUAUUAGCGCGCUUUCUUCGGGGUAUGUCCACGCUCGAGGCGAGAAAGUCGAGCCAGAAAACUAA